CUUAGACACCAAAACCCUACAUCUCUCUCUCUCUCUCUCCCCUUCAAUUCUUUUCUUCUAGAUUCUGUUUGGAUGCUUUGAGUCCUUCGUUAUGUUUUUUCCUUCCGUUUAAGAGGAUGGAAGAUCAAGAGGGAGGCGAUCCACUCAAUGAAUUUACUAACGGUUCGAGCUGGGCACUCGCCGGAGGAACUGACCCAGUCUCCGACACCGUCAAUUACUUCUUCGAUAGGGAGAGCGCUAUACUGAGCGAGUUCGAUUGGAAUCUACAACCUAAUCAUACUGAAGAGAUUGAGCGGUGCGAUGAACUUGACCGGACCGACACCAGACCUGAUUUGGCGAGAACCUUCAGCGUUUCAGAGAGCUCCGCUGGCGCUGCUGCUUGUGGUUCGGGUUCAGUGGCGUCUUCGAUCCCCGGCGGGUCAGCUGACGUGUUGAUAUCGAAUCCAUUGAUUCCUUCAAGCUCCAGAGAGGAUACGCUGGAGAAAUCUACUGGCUCCGGCGGGAAGCCGUCCGAGAUACCGAGUAAGGUCAGGUAUAAGGGACAAAAGCGAAUUCGACAGCCACGUUUUGCAUUCAUGACCAAGAGUGAAGUCGACCAUCUUGAAGAUGGCUACCGGUGGAGGAAAUAUGGACAAAAGGCUGUUAAAAAUAGUCCAUUCCCUAGGAGCUACUAUCGCUGCACAAAUAGCAAAUGCACAGUGAAGAAGAUGGUGGAACGCUCCUCUGAAGAUUCUACCAUUGUCAUUACAACAUAUGAAGGUCAACACUGUCAUCACAGAGUUGGAUUCCCCCGUGGUGGAUUCAUCAACCAUGAAGCUGCCUUUGCUGGUCAAUUAGCGCCUUCAGCCUUUCAAUUUCACUCUCCAGGGAUACAGUUACACACUCAAAUUCCUCCAAGCAUAACACAGUCGAAGCAAGUAGUAGUAGAUUCUCGUAAGCUGCCAGAACCAUCCCCACAGUUCCCCACAGAUGAAGGGUUACUUGGGGAUAUUGUUCCCCCAGGAAUCCGUAACAGAUGACGAGAAAGAGCUAUGGGAUAGUAGGUGAUUUGUAUAAACUGAAGAAGGGGGCGUCUCCAGCUGACCCAGGUAAGAUCGAAAGAGGCCAAGCCAAAGGCAAUUAAUUAUUCUUCAACAUGACAAUAUUUACUUACACAAAAUCUGGCUCUCUCACAACUGGUAUUGCUUCCAAUUCUAAUAUAUAUAUAUAU